AUGGGAGGCCCUUGGAACAAAAUCGUUAAGUUGAUAGCCAGAUCCAAGGUGGAGGAGACCCCGCUGAGAAGUUUCUUCAAAGGGAUUCCGGGUAAGGGAGAUAGUAUAGCCUUUUGUUUAGACCCUUGGGUCACGUGUGAAUCGUUGAAAGACAUAUAUCCUAGAUUGUUCCAGAUUGAAGCCAAUAGAAGAUGUAAAAUUAGUGACCGUGUUUCCAGCGGAAUCGGACAGGAAAGGUUCGAAUGGCAGUGGAAAAGACCGCUGGAUCCUGGGCCAAAAUCGGAGGAUUUGAUCCAACUUAUUUCUCUGUUGGAUUCGUUUUCGGUCUCCGAUAGCAAGGAUAAGUGGGUUUGGCUCGGGGAAGGGUCGGAGGAAUAUAGCGUCGGAGCCGUUAAAAAAUCUUUAGUGAAAGGCCGUGGAUCGAACAACAUCUACAUCUCGAGGUUUAAAUGGUGCAAGUGGGUUCCGACUAAGUGCAAUAUUUUUGCUUGGCGGGCGGGAUUAGGCAGAAUCCCCACGGUAGAGGCUCUUCGAAGAAGAAACAUCAACAUCCAAGAUUUGAGUUGCGGGUUUUGUAACGAGGGAGAGGAUGUUGUGGGUCACCUUUUCACGGAAUGCCUUGCUGCUAAUGUAGUCUGGAACUCGAUCAGUAAUUGGUGUCGGGUUCCGCAGAUCUUUGCGUUCUCGUUCCAAGAUUCGAUGGAGGUGCACUCGUUUUGUGGUUUAAAGGAUCCGGAGAAAACUAUUUUUCAAGGUUUGAUUAUCAUUGCUUGUUGGAGCCUAUGGAAGGCAAGGAAUGAAGCGAGAUUCAUGAAUAAAAGAUUCAAAAUAGAGAAGGUUAUUAGCGAGGUGAAGUUUUUUGGGUUUCUAUGGGUUAGGAAUAGAACGAAGUUCAAGAAUUUGACUUAG